AUGCGCGGCUCAUCUUUUCAUCCCCCCAGCCACCAUGGCCCGCCACUCCUCAGCCGCCCACACCCAGCCACUCCUAAUGCUGCUACUGUUGUUUUUGUGGCCACUGACGGGUGCUACCACACGGGAGUUGACGGCAGAGGAGCUGCGUGUAGUCUUCAAGGGAGAGAGACAGUGCCUGUCUACAGUCUUGUGGAACCUCACUUGGAGUUUCCGGGCGGACAGGAAAGGAACAAGAGGUCAAGCGUGAGAAAACGGGACAUUAGAAUCACUGAGGUCCCAGAGCAGAUUGACUCACAGCCCUUACUGAGACUUCAAGCUCUGGGGAAGACGUUCAAUUUCAAGCUGCACCCAAACAAUGAGCUCGUGUCGCCGCACUUCGCCUUCGUGGGUCGUCGUGGGGAGCAGGUGCGGGAGGUGAGGGAGUUGGGCAGCAGCGACCUGGGCUGCUACUACCAUGGCGUAGACCAGACGGAGGCCAAGUACCCCAAUGCUGCCACCAUCGCCGUGGAGCUGUGUGGUCAUGUUCGGGGUGUUAUUCACGGGCCCUCCCAGGAGUACAUAAUCGAGCCCCUGCCAAGCGAGGUGACCCAUGCAAGGCGGCGACGAAGCCUUAGCGCCACGUCCGACAUCCCCACCCACAUUCUCUACACCAGGGUCACCGCCCUAGCAGCCCCAGAAUAUCUGUCGAGGCCGCGGAGAUCCUUCAUGACAGGUCAGGAGGCAAGGGCAGCGAUGGGGGAACGUACCGGCCUGCGCUCCUACUACGACAGCUAUGAGCACGUGGUGGACUCGCACUUGAGAUCCGAGUGGGACGACCUGAACCCCGGCAGGAGUUAUGACAGGGAUGAGACAGGGACGGCGGUGCAGGGAACCAAGGACCUCUAUGUCGAGACGUCCGUGUUCGUGGACCGUGACCUGUAUCGCCACAUGCUGGAAAACUUUCCCAAGGACACGGAGGAGCAGGUGCUGAAGGUGGUGCUGGCCAUGGUGAACGCGGUACAACUCCUGUACAACGAUGAGUCGCUGGGCUACCAUGUCAAGUUCGUGCUGAAGCGUUUGGAGAUUCUGUACACGGACCCGCCAGGCCUCUACCGCCCCUAUGACAUCGACCAGUUUCUCACCAACUUCUGCCUGUGGCAGCGAGGCGAGAACCCAGCGAGGGACGGCGACGCGCUGCAUUGGGACCACGCACUCAUCUUGACGGGGCUGGACGUGUUCACUAUCACCCCGGACGGGAAAGUGAACGCGCAAGUUGUCGGCUUGGCUCCAGUGGCCGGCAUGUGCACUCGUUCCAGUUCAUGCACAGUGAAUGAGGGUCGCCACUUUGAGUCUGUCUACGUCAUGGCGCACGAAAUUGGCCAUAACUUAGGUAUGCGGCACGACGGCCUUCAGGCUGGCAAUAAUUGCGACCCUGGGAGGUAUAUUAUGUCCCCCACCCUUGGUUCUGGCAAGAUUACCUGGUCAUCCUGCUCCAGACGUUACCUUGACGCCUUCCUUAGGUCCUCCCAGGCAUCGUGUCUUAUGGACGCUGCAGAGGCUGAUGGUCCUCACCUAGACCACGAUGCUGAUUCCCUGCCCGGCCAGCGCUUCCCAGUCAACCAGCAAUGCAUGCUGAAACACGGAGUGGGGAGCUACCACGCGUCCACCCAGAAACUAGAGGACAUCUGCGAGGACCUGCACUGCCGUCGCGACCAUUAUACCUGGACCUCCCACCCGGCCCUGGAAGGCACUACCUGCGGACAUCGACAGUGGUGCCGCCGAGGGAAGUGCGUGGAGGACAGCAACGCUCCUGGUCUCUCGCAGGAGUUACUCAUGUCCUCGUCCUCCUCCAACAAUGGCCUUGGGUCCGGGGAUCGUGGCGGGGGAGCGGGAGGGGAGUGGGGGCCGUGGUCUGAGUGUCGGUCAUCUUGCCUUUACGGCGUCGAUGGAGCCUUGUCCUCUGGGAGUUCCGGUCUAGCGUUGUCUGAAAGGCGAUGCAGAACCUGCCGGGAGGAGUACCGCUACAGGCUGUGUUCGGCCGUCGAGGAGUGCGGAACGGGACAGCGAAGAACAGUGCAGGACUUCGCCCAUGACAUCUGUCAGAGACGCUCUCGAUCCAUGCCUCUCCUAACGGGCUUGGCGAAGCGAGUGCCGCUGAGAGGCCCAACACAGUGCGAGGUGGAGUGCGAGACGAUGGGCCACGGGGUGCAGUCGUCUGACAGGAGUUUCCCCGACGGUACUGUAUGCCAGUCUGCCUCAAACUUUCCUGCCUUCUGCGUUGCCGGCGUGUGCACGGAGUUCCGCUGUGAGCCAGACGCUCUUUAUGGUGCUGAUCCCGUCACGUGCCGGCCGGACAUGGGCGCCCCGGACCCAUACCGUCCCCUAGGUCCCAACCCACGCCCACCCGCCUUCACUACCACUCGUCAUCCGGCCACCUCUACUUUCGCCUCGGGAGACCGCCAGUGGGGUGCCUGGAGACCUGCUUCCAACUGCCGCUUCAGCUGCCUCACGCCGGCCAUGGGCAUCCAGUUGGUGAGUCGCAAGUGUCUGGGCAGAGGCUGCUACGGAGUAAAUAGAAACAUCCAAGUAUGCUCCCCCGGCAGACAGCAUGACUGUGACAGGAUGCAAACACCCUUUGAGUACGCGAGCGAUGUGUGCCGUCGUUUCAAGGCCAGUGUCAGUAAACUUUCAGGAGUGGGCAUGCAGUUGGCCAGCACGCAAGAUGAUCCCGAUCGGUCGUGUACGGUUGCCUGCCAGGACGCCGAGCUCGACUAUCGUUUCUAUCGUGUCAAGGGGCGGGACGGGUGGUUCCCCUUCGGCACAGAGUGUACUCGGGAACAGCAAGGGGCGCAGCGCUCCUACUGCCUCAACGGGCGGUGCCUUGAUUUCUCAGAUGAGGGCACGCCUCUGCGGAACACCAUCUACACAGAGUAUGAGAAGGGCCGCGCCCUAGACCUGGAGCCCAUCGAGCGCGCCUCUCCCUUGGAGUUCCAGCGACGGGAGCCCUACGCCUCCCCAUGGCGGCGGGCACGCCGCGACGUGACUUCCUCCUCCCACGCCAUUGCCAGCACCCUCAGUGACCGCCAGCUGCUAAGUCUCGUCGACCAGAUCAAUCAAACAAUAACAUCGCGUGAGAGGGCAGUACGAACCGGCGAAUCACUCUCCUCUAUCGACCUUAAGAACCCACUCUUCGUCAACCAAAUACCCCCAGACGCGCUUACCACUGGAGGGGAGGAGGAGGCCGAGGAGCGCAUCCUCAACAGGAACAGGAAGGUCACCUCUCAUACCCUGCAUCCUUAUAAGCCUGGAGCCUCGAGCGUGGAGUACCAAUGGCGGGUGCAUGUGUCUCCAUGUUCGGUAACUUGCGGCAGAGGACUGGAGGAGGAAGCUGCUGUGUGCUUCGAGCUACCGUCAGAAGAGGCAGUGGAGGCGUGGCGUUGCUUCCCGACGCCAGCCCCAAUUGCUGCAGGAUUCAGGGCAUGCUGGGGGACCAAGAGGACAUGCUCAGCGACGCCCCCAAACGCCGCCUCCACCGUCAUAGGCAGGUGGCUAAUGACGGUGUUGCGCGGGGUGACGAAUUCGCCGCCCUGACCACCGCCUGCAUGUAGUUAUAGACUUGGUUGCAUUAAAGCUGUAGUAGGAACCCGAGAAGCACUCCUGAACCACUGGCACGGAACUGUUUGUAUGUAUGAACGCACAACGGGAUGGCAGGAUGGUGGAUGGAGUAUUUAUACGCCGAACGUGGAGGGAUAUCUUCGUGUGGAUGCACGUUGUAACCAUUGCCUACAAGAGUUAGAGGCACUUGAAUUGACAGUGCAGACAAACAAGUGACACAGAAAACAAUUCAAAGGUAUAUAGUUAUCAGAUCAAACCUUGCGCUAAGUGAAGGAGGGCUUUCUACCAGGUGUAUGUAAGUGUUCUUUGUCUUAAGAAUAGUGAGGCCUUUUACAGGAGGCAGUUCAUCUGUUUCCUCCUUGACGCCUCCUUCACGGUAGCUUUUCCCCUCUCCGCACUCCUGACCUCAAAGGGUGGUCUUGGUCUGCCUGGCGUUUCACAUUUCAUAUCAGUAUGUCCGUGACCAUCACAAUGAUUCUCUCUCUCUCUCUCUCUCUCUCUCUCUCUCUCUCUCUCUCUCUCCAGUAAUCACUAA